CUUUAGAAAACAACAAAUCUCUAUUUCCUGUAUAAUAACGUAUACUUAUUUGCGCAUCGUUACCAGUUCCGCCCCUUCCACUUCUCAUAUAUGUAAAUACUAAAUUAAAAAUUCGCUUCACUGAAUGAACGCGUUUCCGUCGAAUAAGCACUGAAUGUUUUCUUGGCUACCUCAGAGCUCAAUCAACCAAUUAAAUAAUAAAUCAGGAACCCCGACACAAUGGAAGGAGGUCACUCUUCCAUAAAUCAGUCUCAUCCAAAAGAGGCCGCCAACAUUCUAUCAAGUCUGUCAUUUUUUUACGACCUUCCAAUUUUCUUCAAAGGUUACCGGAACAGCCUCGAAACCACCGAUUUGUACAAAGUUUUGACCGACUGUCGCUCCACACAAUUAGGAGACGAAUUAGAACAACAGUGGCAACUCGAAAUUGACAAAAAACAAAAACCGUCGAUAUGUCGAGCUUUGUGGAUUUGUUUUGGCAAAACUUUCCUCGUCCUUGGUUUGAUACAGUUGGUUUUCAAAACAGCAACGACAGUGUGGUUACCAGAAGCUACAUCAAAACUCGUGUCGUACUUCAGUCCAGAUCAGGAAGACUUGACCAGACGCGACGCAUUUUAUUACGCUUCAGUUGUAAUCGGACUUACCACUUUGAAUUUGUUUUUUUACUACAACUGCAUGCUUGCACUUACUGAGCUUGGAAUCCGAGUUAGGACUUCAGUGUGCUCACUUUUGUACCGAAAGUCCUUGAAGCUCACUCUGGAUUCUCUCUCUGAAGUGACAGUUGGGAAAAUUAUCACCAUUAUGACCAAAGACGUAGAUGUUUUCUUCAAUUUUAUUUACUACGGGAACGACGUGUGGAUUCCGCUGGUACAAACUGCAGUCGUCUGCUACUUAAUCUACUCGAAAAUUGGAGUAGCUGCUUUUGCCGGGAUUGGAUUUUUCCUCAUAGUUUUACCCCUACAAAUAUUUAUUGGAAAAAUGUCGUACCCGCUUCGUCUCAGAAGCAGCAAAAAAACAGACGAAAGACUCGAACUCAUCCAAGAAGUCCUUUCCUCAAUCAAAAUUAUCAAAAUGUACACUUGGGAAACGUUUUUCGAACGCAAAAUCAACACCGCUAGAAAAGAAGAGCUGCACCAACUCGUCAGACUGUUCUUCACGAAAGUCUGGAUCGUCAUCAUCGGAAGCAUCGGUUCAAAGUUAGCUUUUUUUGUCUUUUUUCUAACGUACGUUUACCUGGGCGACUCCGAAUCACGAAUAACAGCAGAAAUCGUCUACUAUCUCAUGAGCUGUUGUACUGACCUAGAAUACUCACUUAGUACUUUAAUACCAAUAGGAUUGUCAUACGCAUCCGAAGCCUACGCCACCACUAAAAGAAUCCAGAACGUUCUAACAGCCAAAGAACUGCUCCCAAAACAAACGAUAACCGAAACCCAAAAUCCGAAAAUAGUGUUCAGUGGAGUUGAUAUCAAAAUUCAGAAGAAGGUGAUUUUGACGGAUGUAUCUUUCGUUCUAAAGAAGGGUCUGCACGUGAUUUCGGGUCACACAGGUAGCGGAAAAACGACUCUCCUGAAAUUCAUCCUACAGGAGUAUCAAAUGGACGCAGAAGUCAAAAUAUCUGGAAACAUAUCGUACGCGUCCCAAGAACCCUGGCUUUUUCCUUCAACCAUCAGAAACAACAUUCUCUUUGGCGAAAAAUACUCCGAAGAGCGCUACCAAGAAGUUCUAAGAAUUUGUAACCUAGACUACGACCUAAAUUUGCUGCCUGAAGGUGAUAACAUGAUUGUUGGUGAUCAUGGUAUCAAUUUAAGUAAGGGUCAGCAGACGAGGAUAAACCUUGCAAGAGCUAUGUACAAAGACAGUGAUAUAUACCUACUAGACGAUUGUUUAGCCUCUCUAGAUGUGUAUGUAAGUGGCUACAUUUUCGACGAAUGCAUUCGAAAGUUUUUGAAAGACAAACUUUGUGUUUUUGUUACCAAUAAUAACAAUUUCGUUUCGAAAGCAGACACCGUGAUUGUGGUAAAUGAGGGGUCAGUCAAAAUUAGCAAAAACGUGGAGGAAGAAACCGUUCAAUCUAGCGUGGUGACAGAGACUCGACCGGAACAAGAACGGGUACCAGAAGUUGAUAAGCAAAUAUAUCACGAAAAUAAAAAAUCAGGAAAAGUUAGUUUGACGGAUUAUCGUAAAUAUGUUUCAAGUGGUGGUGGAUAUUUCGCCUUUGGUUUGGUAAUGGCUUUGUUUGUGGUGGCUCAAGGUGCAUCUAGCUAUGGCGACAAGCUUUUAAGCAACUGGGUGACUUUGGAACAAAAUCUUUCGCGUUAUCAGGACAAUAAUGAUACAAAGUCUGGUACUUAUCAAGCGAUAACCAGCGAAAACACUGGUAAUUUGUAUUUGAUCAUUUUCGUGGCUGCAUCCUCUAUUCUUCUCACGUUGAUCAAAUAUUUGUCGUUUUUUACUUUUACGAAGACUGCGUCCGUUAAUUUACACAAGAUCAUGGUGCAGGCCGUGCUUAACAGUACCAUGAGUUUCUUCGAUUCCAAUUUCUUAGGGAACAUUUUAAAUCGGUUUUCCAAGGAUUGUUUAACGGUUGACGAAAAUCUCCCUUAUAUUUUGAUUGAGUGUUUGAGUUUGUUAUUUAUGGCUGCUGGAGGUAUCAUUUUGAUGACAACGGUCAAUAUUGUCUUUUUGAUCGAGUCUGCAUGUCUUCUGAUUUUUGCCUACACGUUGAAGAAGUUUUGCCAACCGACUGGGCGUAAUUUACAACGACUCAACGUAGCUACUAGAAGCCCUAUGAUAGGGCACUUGAACUCGACCCUGGAAGGUCUCACCACUAUUAGGGCCAGCAACGUCCAAGAACGACUUAUUCAAGAGUUUGACAAUCACCAGAACUUGUUUACUUCGGCUAACUACAUGCUGAAUAAUUGUCAGAUUGCGCUAGGAUUUGGACUUGAAUUUUUUUGUACGGUUUUCAUAACUCUAGUGAUAAUACAGUUUUUAAUUACAACCAGUGAUCCAAGCGUGGGUGAUGUAGGACUCGCCUUAACACAGUGUUUCGUGAUAACAGACAUCAUCAGUUCCGGCAUCAAAAAUAUAUCAGACUGUGAAAAUUUAAUGACUUCAGUGGAAAGAAUUGUAGAGUACUCUGAAUUAAAAGAAGAGGAUAAGAAAGGCCCGACUGUGAAAAAUUGGCCAACGGACGGGAAAAUCCAAUUUGGUGACGUCUCCUUGACUUACGACAACAAAACCACGUUGCACAACAUAAAUUUCACUAUCGAACCUAACGAGAAACUGGGAAUUGUUGGUAGAACCGGGGCAGGAAAAUCAUCCAUUAUAUCAACUUUGCUACGAAUGUAUCAAAUUGAAGGAAAAAUUUCCAUCGACGAUAUUAACAUCCAAGAAGUGUCGCUACAGUUGCUAAGAUCCCACAUCUCCAUUGUUCCUCAAGAUCCCUUUUUAUUUUCAGGCACAGUUCGUGAUAAUUUAGAUCCUCUAAAACAAUACGAAGACGAGAAUAUAUGGAAAGUUCUGGAGCAACUACACCUCAGAGAUUUAAUUGGUGAUCUGAACAUCAAAAUUGAUAAAAGUUCGAGUUUCAGUGCAGGUCAGAAGCAGUUGUUUUGUCUGGCACGGGCCGCUCUUCGUAAAAGCAAGAUUGUGAUCUUGGAUGAAAUUUCUGCUAAUGUUGAUAAGGAGGCGGAGGAUUUGAUACAACAAGCAGUCAAGGACUACUUUGGUGCCAAUACUGUGAUCACUAUUGCUCAUAAACUGGAGUCAAUUUUGACAUGUGAUAAAGUUCUAGUCUUAGAUAAAGGGUGUAUUAAAGAAUUUGGGUCACCGGUUCAGUUGUUAGAAAAUAAAAAUAGUUUUCUCUGUAGUGUUACCUAA